AUGGCUGCUCUUCGUUCGACCUCGCGCCUCGUCGCAUCCACAAGGCCUCUGUUCCGUCCUGCCGUCUUUGCUCGCUCGUAUGCCACUGUUGAUCCCGCUACUGGUGUCGGUCGCACUGGCAGUGCGGAGGCCAAGGUUACCCCCGAGACCAGGACUUCCGAUGUUCAAGAUCCCAACCCGUCCCAGUCUCCGAGAAUCAAGAAGUUCCAUGUCUAUCGCUGGAACCCAGACCAGCCUACCGAGAAGCCCAAGAUGCAGACCUACAGCCUGGAUCUGAACAAGACCGGUCCUAUGAUGCUGGAUGCGCUCAUCAGAAUCAAGAACGAGAUCGACCCCACCUUGACCUUCCGGAGAAGUUGCAGAGAGGGUAUCUGCGGUAGCUGCGCCAUGAACAUUGACGGAAUCAACACUCUGGCUUGCUUGUGCCGUAUUCCCACCGACACCAAGCAGGAGUCGCGUAUCUACCCGUUGCCUCACACCUACGUCGUCAAGGACUUGGUCCCCGAUCUGACCUACUUCUACAAGCAAUACAAGUCCAUCAAGCCUUACCUGCAGCGUGACACCAAGACCGAGGAUGGUCUCGAGCACCGCCAAAGCCCCGAGGACCGCAAGAAGCUCGACGGUCUUUACGAAUGCAUCUUGUGCGCCUGCUGCUCGACCUCUUGCCCUUCGUACUGGUGGAACAGCGAGGAGUACCUGGGUCCCGCCAUCCUGCUUCAGUCUUACCGUUGGCUGGCCGAUUCUCGUGACGAGAAGACCGCCGAGCGCAAGCACGCUCUCGACAACAGCAUGAGCGUCUACCGUUGCCACACUAUCCUCAACUGCUCGCGGACUUGCCCCAAGGGCCUGAACCCCGCUCGGGCUAUUGCUGAGAUCAAGAAGAUGCUCGCUGCUCAUUAG